UUGCUAAUUUAGUUAGCAAUGAAAGUGUCCGAAGAGGUGUGAGAGAGAACCACAGAGCACCCUAGCCAACAGAGCUCAAACUCUAGCUCUCACGUGCAGGCCCAGGGGUCUGCUGCUGUGGGCACGGCCAUUUCCUCUAAGUUUCAUUUUGCUGGGACACAGCCACAGUCACCUAACAUCUACGGCUGAUUCCAGACUACAACAGCAGAACUGAAUAGUUAGGACAGAGAACAAAUAAUCCAUAAAGGGUCAGAUAUUUACUAUUUGGCCCUUUAUAGGAAAACCUGGCUCAAGUCUGGUCUAGAGAUACAGACAUUCCAAACUUUGACCCAGAAGUAAUCUGCAGGAUCCAGAACACACAUCACACUGAAGUUCAUUGAUGAAAAAAACCAAUCAAACAUGAAGCAGGCAGUUGUGUUUUGUCUCAUGCUGCUUAUCAUUUUUCAAACUGAUUGUGAACGAAGUACUAGGAGACAAAGGAGGAGGAUGCAUCAGAGAAGCCUCAGGAAAAGCUCUGCAUUCCACCCCAGAGCCAACCAGCUUCAAGUUCAGCAAACCACUGCUGUGCCAGAUGCUAGGUCACCCACUGCCAACUCCGAGUACAGUGUGGAGGAGAGCAUAGGAUCACUUCUGAGUAAUCCUGGAGUAGAAUCAAGUUACAGUGUGUUACCAGGAAAGAAAGGACACUGCUUUGUAAAGGGCAUGAUCAUGUACAACAAAGCUGUCUGGUCUCCUGAGCCCUGCACCACCUGCCUCUGCUCAAAUGGAAGAGUGCUUUGUGAUGAAACUGUGUGCCACCCCAAGGCAUGCCCCUAUACCAUUAAACUAGAAGGAGAAUGCUGCCCCAUCUGCUCUGAUGCUGCCUCCUAUUCUCUACUCAGUAGUUGGAAACUACAUGAUAAAAAUGACUUUUCUGGUGAUUCUUCAGAACAACAAGAAUCCACUAACAAACUUCACAAGCAAGUGCCACCUCCUCAGAUGGAAAUGGACCAAGUAGCCAUAAAAGAAGCUAUUCAAUCUGAGGAGGAUGAAGAGGCAGUUAAAGGACACAAGGAGCACAAGAAGGACCCCUCUCUGCCUACUAAGCUCCACAGUGAUGGGAAAAGAGCGGCUGGAAAGCUGAGGCCUGAGGAAGAAGGAAGGUCAGCACAUCAACCACUCUACCAUGGAAGAAGGGAGGAAGAGGACAGUGAGGAAGAGACAGAGAGGGAAGGAGAGGAGGAAGAGGAGGAGGAGGAGGAGGAGGAGGAGGAUGCCAUAAGAGGAGAUGUGUUCAGGAUGUCCUCCCGGUUAACACCUGGAACUCCAAGAGGCAGGCCACGCCUGCCCAGAAGCUGUUCCCUGUCCUACAGGACUAUCAGUUGUGUUCAUGCCGACUUCACUGAGAUCCCACCAAUAACAGCACCAGAAGUAACGAACCUGGAGCUGGUUGGGAAUUCAAUCAUCUCCAUUCCAGAUGAAGCAUUUAAUGGAUUACCAAAUUUGGAAAGACUUGAUCUGAGCAGAAAUAAUAUCACUUCUUCGGGCAUAGGUCCAAAAGCAUUCAAGUCUUUGAAGAAGUUAAUGCGUCUGAACAUGGACGGAAAUAAUUUGGUACAUAUUCCUUCAGAAUUACCAUCUACACUAGAAGAACUUAAAAUAAAUGACAACAAUCUCCAGGCUAUUGAUGAGAAAAGUUUAUCAGACUUAAAUCAACUUGUCACUUUAGAAUUGGAAGGAAACAAUCUCAGUGAAAUCAAUGUUAAUCCUCUAGCUUUCAAAUCUUUGAAGAGCCUAUCAUAUCUACGUCUCGGAAAAAACAAAUUUAGAAUCAUACCACAAGGUCUUCCAGCUACUAUUGAGGAGUUAUACCUAGAAAAUAAUCAAAUUGAAGAAGUAACUGAAAUUUGUUUCAAUCAUACCAGAAAGAUAACUAUGAUCGUACUACGUUAUAAUAAAAUAGAAGAAAGUCGGAUUGCUCCUUUAGCAUGGAUAAAUCAAGAAAAUCUUGAAUCUAUCGACCUGUCCUAUAACAAGCUCUACCACGUCCCCUCCUAUCUACCCAAAUCUCUUCUGCACCUUGUCCUAAUUGGGAACCAAAUUGAUCGGAUCCCUGGCUAUGUGUUUGGCCACAUGGAGCCAGGCCUGGAGUACUUGUACCUGUCAUUUAACAGACUUUCCGAUGAUGGUGUGGACCUAGUCUCCUUCUAUGGGGCAUAUCACUCUCUCAGAGAACUAUUUCUGGAUCACAAUGACUUCAAAUCCAUACCACCUGGGAUACAAGAAAUGAAAGCACUGCAUUUUCUGAGGCUGAACAACAAUAAGAUUCGAAAUAUUCUUCCUGAACAAAUCUGCAAUGUUGAAGAAGAUGAGGACUCAGCUCUUGAACAUCUUCAUCUUGAAAACAAUUACAUUAGAACUAGAGAGAUAUCAUCCUAUGCCUUUUCAUGCAUAAGACUAUAUUCAAGUAUUGUUCUUAAACCACAACGCAUCAAGUAAUUUCAAGUUUUCCUCUGCCAUUUAUAAAUUUUACCCAAGCAUUAACAAAAUUACAUCUCUUUUAUUGUGUGUGUGUGUGUGUGUGUGUGUGCCCUCAGAAACCAGAAGGGGGUGUUGCAUGCCCUGGAACUGGAGUUACAGGUAGUUCUGAGCCAGCUGAUAUGUGUGCUGUGAACUGAACUUGGGUAUGUUGUAAGAGCAGUACAUGUUCUUAACUGCUUGAUCCACGUUUCCAGUUCCCAAAACACCAUUCUAAUGCUAAUAUCUUGGUUUUAAUUAAUUUUACAGUGGUUAUAUAUGCACACUGGUAAUGGUAAGGAAAGCUAGCAGAAAGGCAUACAAAAAUUCUACCCUGUAAGUCUAUAAUUAGCUUGUAAAGUUAAAAUUAAAAAAGCCAUUUCAAGACUGUUUUCAUUCUUCAGCAAGAUCAAAAAGAUUAUAAAAAGUAAACCAGGCAUGGUGGCAUAUGCCUUUAAUCACAGCACUUGGGAGACAGAGGCCAGAGGAUCUCUAUAGGUUGAGGCCAGCCUGGUCUAUAUACUGAGUUCCAGGACAGCCUGGACUAUGUAAAGACUCUAUCUAUCUAUCUAUCUAUCUAUCUAUCUAUCUAUCUAUCUAACAUUUAUCUAUUAAGAUAGAGUCUUACUGUGUAGCUCUGGUUGGCCUGGCACUUCCUAGGUGCAACGAUUAAAUGUAUGUAUAACCUUUGAUCUCUGUAUUGAUACAAAAUUUUAUAUGAUACAUACAGAACUGUUGCUUUCUUUUAUUAACUCAAAUUCAUAUUCUGAAGAAAUACUAAUGUUAUGACUUAAGCUCUAGCUUUGGGCUCUGCCUUAGUUUCUUUUCCUGUUACUAUAAUAAAAAUACCUCAGUAAAAGCUAACUAAAGGAAAAAAGGGUUUGUUACAAAGUUUAGGGUUACAGUCCAUCAUGAGGCAGGGAAGUCAAGAGAGGAGGAGGAUGAAACAGCUGGUCACAUUGUGUUUAAAACCAGGAACAAGAGGCAACAAUUGCUUGUGCUCAGGUCAGAGGGAACUCGGGCUCAGUGAGAUGAGCCAAUGGCAUUAUUAUAAUACAACAAUGACAAGCUAUUAAACAAUUUUCUUCAUAUUCACACACUUUAUUUUCAAAUGGGGUCUCGCUAUAUACCUCAGGCUGUCUUGUAACUCACUGUGAUCCUUCUAUUUCUGUUUCCCAAGUGUUAGGAAUACAGGUAUGUAUCACCUGUCAGUCUAUUGUUACUUUCUUUAGUUGCAUUAUGAUGCCACCUCUGAGAGCAAAUGACCAACAUAACUGAUAAGCCAUCUCCUUUCUGGUAGGAAUGUAAGCAGAAAAUCAAGGACCAAGCAAGAGUUGUCAGUCAGUUAAACAGGGUGAUGAGAAGGACAUACUGGCCUAGCCUUCCCCUGUCAGGGUCUGAGAGUGCUCAGGGAAUACAUGGCCACAGUCAGCAGCCUGCACCAAAAGAGUGGCCUAUGCAGCAGCAGAGACUGAUUCACUGUGGCCUGUUCUGCACACUUCCCCAACUGUGCUAAGGGGUAGAAUAAAGCUAAAAGUCAUGAUGACAGUUGGAACUGUGCCCUGAAUUUUGAAGAUAAAUUUAUUUCAACUGUUUUUAUACCUUUUGUGAACAUUUCCAGCAUGGAACCUGUUCAGUCUUGAAAUUUCAUCAUGUUCUGAAUGGUUUUGUUUCAGUUUCAUAGACAUAGUGAUAAAUGUCCUUACAGCAAAUCUCUUCAUGAAAACAAACAGAUGUUCAGUCUGGUCUCAUAAAUCUGCUGUAAUUGCUAGCACAUAUGUGCACUAAGGAAGUCUUAGAAUAACCAUGGUGGAGAAAUCAUUAAUGUUGUAUCUUGACUUUGCACAUAUGUGCAAAGAAUGCUAUCUAUAUUUUUAAUUUUGAGAUUUGACUUAUUGUCCAUGACUAUUAUAAAAACACUAAGAUCUGAUCUAGUGGAAAACAUAUAUAGCCUGCCAAUUUAAAGAGAUAAAUGUAUCAGAAACCAGAGAAGGACCUAAAAUAUUAUGUU